UCAAGCGAAACAAAAAAAUAUAAAAUAAAACUUUUUCAAAAUGUUAAGCCGCGUCUUGUGUUAAAAAAAUUGAUUUUGAAGUUGGAAAUAUCAUCUAAGAAAUGACCAUUUAACUUUGACAAUGUGUCCAGCAUGGCAGCGCACAUCGAUAUAAACACACACACCAAUGUCGAGCAUGACCACACAAAACUAAAAGACAUCGACCUAACCUGUCGUAUAUGUAAGCGGACGUUCUUUCACCCACGUGUACUGGAUUGUUUACACACAUUCUGUGAGGAGUGUAUUAUUAACAACGUUGCAAAGAUUGAGCAUGAAAAUACAGAAAAGACGUAUAUAAAGUGUUUUCAUUGUACCGAAAUAACUCAAGUUCCGGAAAACGACGUUUCGAUGUUACCGUACAACUUUUUCGCAAAUAACGCUAUGGACUACCUGCUUAUACAAUGCACCAAAGAGAACGCCAUUAUUUGCACCAGCUGUAGCGAUGAUGCUGACGCAAUAUCGCGUUGCAUGGACUGCUCUGAAUUUCUCUGUAUGAAAUGUGUUACUGCCCAUCGCAGGAUCCGCGUGACAAAGGAUCACAAAAUAAUCGCGUUAGACACAUUGCGAUAUGAUAAGAGUAGUGUUCAUCGCAAUGUGUAUUGUCCAGACCAUGAACCUGAGGUUUUUACAUAUUACUGCGAAGUUUGUCAGGAUUUAAUAUGCAAAGAGUGUACUAUCCUGGAACACAGAGGACAUAAAUUUGAACGAUUGACCGAAGCUUUGGAGUCUCAGAAACCUACCAUUCUGAAGUUACUUGAAGAAAAUGAAAAACAAAAGGUUCCGCCAGUCGAACGGGCCGUCGAUGAAGUUCAAGACAUGGCAGCUAGAUUGCACGCGCGGACUGUUGCUACGAAACAAGCCAUAAAAAACUGUGGAGAACAGUGCAUUCGAGCUAUAGAAUUUAGAUGCCAAGAGCUUUUAGGAACUAUUGACAGCAUUUACAAGCGAAAAAGCCGAAUUCUCCACGAUCAACAGAAAGACUUACAACUACGAUUAAUGAAAAACAAGUCGGCUACGGAAUUUGUUAAUUAUGCAUUCAAACAUGGUAGCGAGGCUGAAAUAUUUGAAUUGCUUGAUGUCAUGAAAAUGAGACUGACAAAAUUAAAUUUAGAAAAUCUGGAUUACAAAGAGCCAGAUGAUAAUGACGUCAUUGAUCAUGUUUAUGAUACAGACAACGUUAAAAACAUCGCUGAGAAUUUGGGGAAAAUAUCCACAUCCACGGUAUUUCUGUCAAAAACGCGCCUCUAUGGACCUGGUCUUAACACCGGAAAAGUUGGGAUUGAAACUUUUUUUGUAAUGGAAGUGUUUGACCAUAACGGAGAUCCUUGCAUUGAGCAUGCGCACGACGAAUCGAUACGCAUUAAGGUCCAGGCUCCUGAAGGCUUUUACGUUAACAAUAAAUUACAUAAUAACAACGACGGCACGUUUGUCGUGCGUUAUACACCCGUCACUAAAGGUAAACACGAUGUGACGGUAAAGAUAAGAGGAAGAAAUUUUCCAAACAAUCAUUUUGUGGUGAGAGUUUACGAUGGCAUUGAUUACCUGAAAAUUGAGAGUCCCUUCCUAACGUUUGGAUCGUACGGUAGCAAACCUUCAGAACUGAAACAACCAUGGGGUGUGGCUGUCAAUAAAGAUGGCCAUCUAUACGUCACUGAUCAUGGAAAUCAUAGAGUGCAAGCAUAUGAUAAGUUUGGUGCAUUCAUAACUGAAUUCGGAUCAAAGGGAACAAAAGAUGGACAGUUUACAGGACCAACUGGGAUUGCUGUUGAUCAAAGUGGUAUCGUUUUCGUCGCUGAUUGGGAGAAUCAUCGAAUUCAAGUGUUUAGUGCCGACGGAACGUUCUUGGCAAAGUUUGGCACAAAAGGCAGUGGCGUUGGUCAAUUAUACCAUCCAGCCGGAGUAGCUAUCGAUAGAAACGGUUACGUUGUUGUCGCUGAGCGUGAUAAUCACCGGUUACAAGUUUUUACCGUGGAUGGGAAACCAAUUCUUGCUAUUGGCUCUCGAGGUAGCGAUCCUGGCCAAUUAGAUUCGCCCACGCAUUUGGCAGUUACAGAGGAUAAUUCAUAUGUGGUUGCAGAUGCUGGAAACAACCGGUUAAUUUGUGUUGACAAUGGUGGAAUAUUUGUAAAAGAAGUGGGAGUGAAAGGUACCGGAUCAGGUGAGUUUAAUAGACCAUCCGGUAUUGCUGUAGAUCGUGAAGGUUACGUUAUCGUCGGUGAUUUUCAUAAUCAUAGAAUUCAAAUUUUAACACCAGAUUUAAAAUAUUUUGGACAAUUUGGAACAGAAGGUAAUAAAGACACUCAGUUUAAGCAUCCCUCAGGUGUUUGUUUAACAGAUGAGGGACAUGUUGCGGUUGUAGACAGAUAUAACCACAGAGUGCAGAUAUUUUAAUGUACAUAUUCAUAAAGUAUUCCAUAUUAUGGAACCACUCAACCUAUUUACUCUUGUAACAUAGUUAUUCUUUAAUUAAGAAACGAUUUAAAACGUUACAAAAGAAACUGAACCAUUCCUCCCCGGAUUUGAUCCAUGAAUUAAGAAUAUCCUUGCCCCCAGGGUUUGUUGCCUAAUGACUGCUAGCACUUAAAAAGGUAAAAAAACCUGGGAACUAGGUUGGAUUUAAGAAGCGGGCUUUCAAGUUUGCCGUUUUGGACAUCGCAAAAAGUGUUCGGAUUGUAGCAAUCCAAAAAACAGUUAGCAUUAUGGUAAAUUUGAUGGUUUAGAUAAAACAAUUUCGAUAUGUCACGAUCGAUUAACAUAAAAGAUAAAUAGAUUUAAAAUUGCAAAUCCAGAAAAUAGGGCAUGGAGAUAUAUAAGUAAGUUUCAUGGGUAAACCUUCUACUUAUUUUCUAAUUAAUUCGUCUGCGAAUUGCACCAUUACUUGGCAGUCACGAUAUGGGUAUUGCUGACGCUAUGUCAACUUACUCUACCUCUGACUUAGGGUCCAAAAACUAAAAGCCUCUAGACAGCCUUGUCA